AUGUCCCAGCGAGAAGUGGCCGAUCCGGGCUCAGACCGACGCCUCACGCAGAUCGAGAACUGGCCACAGGCUGAAAAUGUUGGUGAUGGGGCCAGGCCAGAGAUGCUCUGGCCCGGUCAGGCGCAAGACGAGCAUACGCUCCGUCCAGAUGUAGGGUCGGAAGAGCCAAUCACACCUCCGAGAAAGCGGAACCGAAAACGAAAGCACGGAGAACGACUACCAGUACAGAACGCGACGGCGACAGUUCCACAACGGCCUGGAUCGGUGUGGGCAGUUUAUGAAAAGCGAUUCACGAUCGAAUUCGAUAUGGUGGUACCCAUUGUCGAGAAGAAGGAUGGAACUCCAGGCCUGUGGACAGUUCGUAAAACAUCGACAGAGAUGCUGGAUCGCAAGUUCCGGCUUCUCAAUCAGUUUCAGGAUGCAUCGAUGUUUGUCAGAAUCAUCGAAGUUUUCCUCGCAGACGAUACGAUGGACAUGGUCACACGUGGACUCCGAUUUCUCCAUCAGUAUCAUUUGGUACAUGGUAACUUGACUCUUUCCAACGUUCUGGUCAAUCCACAGGGUGAAGUCAAGAUAGCUGGUAUCGAAGAUUGUCAACGUGAGGGCGACGGCCCUAAACAGUGUCUUCAUGAUAUACACCAGAUAUGUGAUAUCGUCAUGUAUCUAGCAACGAAGACCGAUGACGACGAUCGGAGGCCUGACGUCACUCGCUAUUCGUCGGCCGUACUGGACUUUGUCUCGCCAGCGCCUUCUGCCACGGCUUCUGAUCUAUGCCGACACCGGCUGCUCCAAACUUCGUGGUCCACGAACGAUCUCGUCUGGCUGGUCAACUUUGCGACCCGGACAGCCAUGCAGUGGCUCGUCCUCCCACUACAAAAGUUUCCUAUGGAAGGAGCAUAA